AUGACACUGCCACCUGUCGCCGCGGGCCGCCCGAGCCGGAGGCGGAGGGAGCGGAGCGGCCCCGCGCCCAGCCGUCCGCAGCUGCCGCAACCGCCGCUGCCGCCUAGGACCCGAGCCGCGCCGGAGCCCCGUCCCGCCCGGAGUGAGGAGGAGGACGCGUCGCAGCGUUGCCGGGGCCGGACCUGGACCUGCCGGGACGCGGCGCCGGCGCUGAGCGGGCCCGCGCCACCGGAGCCCCGCGGAGCCGCCACCGCCGGGGACGGAGCCCAGUUAAAACAAUUUUGGCGGAGUAAGAGCCCUCGCAUUCCAGGAGGAAAGAAAAUCAAUGGCAGUAGCCCUGCCACAGACACUUCUGGUGGUUACCACUCAACUGGGGAUUCAGCAACAGGUGUCUACAGGGAGGACCCUCCGUCAGCUACCCUGAAGGAUCUGGAGGCUCCUCGCAUGUUGAAGGAGGGGAAGCAUUGGUUACAGAAACUCAGGAAGAGCUUGUUCAAGCUAAAAAACCAGACGGCUGAACCCCUGGCCCCAGAGCCCCCAGCAGGGCCCUCUGAGGUGGAGCAGCUAAAAGGUGAGACCAACCAACUAAGGAAGGAGCUGGAGAUUGUGGGAAGACAGCUCCAGGCCGAGAUGGAAAAUAAUCAGAUAUUGAGUUUCCUGAACAUGAGACAGGAAAAGAGGCUACACAGACAGGAGGAGCCGGAGUGGGAAGCCCUCGAUGAGCAGUGGGACAAGCCAUCCAGCGCCUUGGAGGACCUGGCCCUACAGCAGCUGGAGCAGAAACUAAAGAAGACGAAGCUGGCAUCAGCCACACAGCAAAGUCCCUGUGAGGACUUCAGAACCAGCGUCCAGAGUCUACUGGAAGGCUGCCCCACACCAAGGAAAGACCAGCGUCACUCUAUUUAAACAAUUUUUUUUUUUGGCCAUGCCAGGUGGCUCACGCCUA